UGUGUGACUUCGAGACUUCGACUGCUGCUGAGGAAGAGACAUCCUGGCUGCGCUUCAGUGGUGGGUGACUGAAUUCAGCCUUCCCCGCAUCGCGCUGGUGAUAGGGAUGUGACGUUUAAUGAGCACCUGUGAAGUCCUGUAGCAGGGAAGGAACUGCCAUGCCUGUGGGAAUCUUCCGGGUGUGCCUAGUGGUGAUUACUGCUAUCAUCAACCACCCGCUCCUCUUCCCUAAAGAGAAUGGCACCAUCCUUGAGAACACGGAAGAAAUCAUCCAGAAGAUGAAGGAGCGAGAGGAGAUCCUUCGACUGGAGCAGCUGCGCUUGGAGCAGGAAAUCGCAGGACAGGAAGCCAGGCAAAAGUCUCUGGAAAAGGCUGCAAAGGUAGUGGAGGAAAGCAAAGAGGAAAAGGUCUCAUGGGAUAUGUGGACUGCUAUUUCCUUGGUCAUAUUCCUGCUGAUYGAGCUCUGGAGGCAGGAUUUCCAAGAAGGGAAUUGGCAGGACACAGGAGGUGAAGAGGAUGACAUGGCUGUGCUGGGGAAAGCAUUUAAAGGAGUGGUCCUCCCCAACAAGGCCAUCUUGGCCAGCUUUUAUGAGAAGCGCAUCCUGGGGACCACCGGAGACAUGGCCAGGAUGCGGGAGAUGGUGGAGGGUUUUGCAGAUGACUUACUGGAGGCCUUGAGGAGUGUUUGUAACCGGGAUGCUGACAUGGAAGUGGAGGACUGCAUGGGAGUGGGGAGCAUGUAUGAGAACUGGAGAGUGCGCAAACCUUUCGUCUGCGAUCUCAUAGUGCCUUUUGCCCCUCCCGAGCCCUACUGUUUCCGCUCCCAGACCUGGUGCUCUGGUGAUUCUUUUCCCCCAGAUGAACAAGGUUAUGGCACUAUCAAGGUCUGCAGGGCACAUGAAGAUGCGGCAGGCUGCAUCUGUGACAAGACUAAACUGGGGGAAGAUAUGUUGUGCCUCCUGCACAGCCAAGCCAUUGCCACCAGGCCCAGCAGUGAGAUGGAAGACCUGCUGUGCUUCAAAAAUACUCAGUAUUUGGAUGCAGACCAAGUCAUGAAGUGGUUCCAGAUUGCAGUCACCAAGGCCUGGAACAGAAUCUCCCACAAGUAUGAAUUUGACCUUUCCUUCAGCCUCUUAGACUCCCCUGGGGCCCUAAAGAUAAAAUUCAAGUCAGGGAAAUCGAUUGCCUUCAACCUCACCCCUGUGGUGCAGUACGAGAAUUCAGAUGUUUACUUCAUCUCUCAUUUCCCUCGGAGCGGCCUGGCAGCAGACCAGCCCUCCAGUACCCACUGGUUUCUCACCUUCGCAGUAUACGAGAGGAGAUUCAUCCAGUUGGUCUCCAAAAUGCUGCCUGCCAACGCCUGCCAUGUCAGCUGCCUUCAGAUCCUCUCCUUCCUCCACGGGAAGCAGUGCAGCCUCACAGGUCCAAGUGGACUCAGCAACUACCACUUGAAGACAGUGCUGCUGCAUCUGCUGCAGGCACGUCCCUGUCAGGACUGGGCUCCGGAGAAGUUGGAGGCCCGUCUGCAGGACAUGCUUAAAUUCCUGGAGAAAUGCUUGCAUGAAAAGAAACUCUACCACUUCUUCAUUGGCAAUGGGAAGGUACCAGCAGAGCUGGGUUUCCCCAUCAUAUUCCAGAGGGCUGAGCCUCUCAACCUCUUCCGUCCCUUUGUGUUACAUAGGGAUGUUUACAGGAAAACCGUGGACACAUUCCAUGAGAUGCUCAGGAACACAUCUGCACUGAUAAAUGAGUACACGGUGCACAUUCCCCAUGCGCAAACAAAUGGGAUCCAUAAAGAAUCCCUUUAACCAAAGCCAGCAGGAAAACACUUGUUUCUCUAACUGCAAGUUGAUAGGGCAGCUCUCAAAGCCUCCUAGRAGGCGGCUGACUUUGCCAGUAGAGCUUGUCUGCAGCUGAAGCUGUCCAGGGCUGUGGUUCCUACAGUAUGGGAAAGGGGAUACGAAGAAACUGGAGAUGUGAUGUAAAAAUGAGUCUCUGCUCCACUGGUGU